GGUUGUAUUGGAGUUCGAGCAAGCGGUUUACCACUUCAUACCAACUCUUCUUCAUCAUCAACUUGCUCAAAUACUGCUUUACAAGAAGUUAAACGUCCCUCAAGUCGUACGCUUCAAUCAGCUGCUCAUCAAUUAAAACCAUCAACUACUCUUUAUCCACCCAAAAAUAAAAGAUUGUCCAAGAGUUCUGAGGAAGAUUCAGCUUAUGCUGGUUUUGGUAGUUCCUCACCUCUUUCCUCGACUAAAUCAUCUUCCAUGAGCCUCAAUUCGACAUCAUCUCGAAAUUCAUCUAGCAAUGAUGCUACUGCAAACCAUUCGAGAACUCGAACACCUUCUGCGCUAACGUUCCAACCUCUUGGUAGCAAUCACCGAUUUACUGGUGGAACUAUUCAACCACCAUCAAGCCCACAUGUAAGCCAUUUCACGUACACAACAAAAUCAACUUGA